AUGGCCUCCUCGCUCAUUGCCCGUUCAGCCGUUCACAAGCGUAUUGUGUCUACGUUCACGCGUAGGUCUCUUCGACCACUCGUCGUGCAGGCUAUCUACAAGGGCACAGUGAACGACCCCACUACAUUCCCUCCUGCAUCCAAAUCGCAUGGAUCAUACCACUGGGCCUUCGAGCGUUUACUCUCAGCCGGUCUCGUGCCCCUCACCGUCGCUGCGUUUGCGACGAGUGGAACCAACUACCCGAUAUUAGAUGGGCUUUUGGGGUUCGACGGGGUUCUCGUUGACUACCUCCAUGCCCGCAAAUUCCCCAUCCUUGGCCGCGUCCUUACCUGGACCCUUCGAGCUACUACAGUCGGUGUCUUGGUUGGCGUGUAUCAGUUCAACACGAACGACAUCGGGCUUACCGAGCUUAUUGCGAAAGUCUGGCACGCGUAA